GUCGGCCAAAGCACGACGGGCUAAAACGAAAGAGAUUGACAGCAUUUGAGGCACUUUUCCUUGAAAAGGCCUCCGAGGCCAAAAUCUUUCUGUUUUGUCCCCGUGAAGCCUUGGAAUUGUUAACCAGUUUACCCGACAAUACAGCCUCUUUAAUCUUCCUCGACCCUCAAUAUGAGAAAGUAGGCACAGUGUUGAAAUUGGAUUAUCCUUUGUCUUAUACGACCGACUAUCAAAUAUUAAGAAUAUUAGAACAAAUUAGCCGAGUAUUGAAGCCUAAAGAAAGUCAAUUAGCCAGUAAUAAAAGAGACCAUCCUCACCAAAAACCGAGAGAAUUAAUAAAGGCUCUUAUUACUGCUACCACUAAUAAGGGAGAUUUAAUUGCGGAUCCUUGUGCUGGUUCAUUCAUCGUGUUGGAUGCUUGCCAAGAACUCAAAAGAGAGUUUAUUGAAAAGAAUUUGGACUCCAAUCAGUUUGAAAUCAGAGUUAACCAGAAUGAAUUUGACACCAAAGAACAAGGAGUAUUUUACCAAGGACUUUUAAGAAUACACUUUUACGACUUAUUUUCUUAUCAGAGAGUUAGAGGAGCCAUUGCCCGAACCUCCUUUGCUGAAAUAGUUUUUGAAGAGGCAAUUCCGAUCGACCAAGAAUUUUUACCCCGAGAGCAACAUGACUUCCGAGACCUAGUAAAAAGUUUAAAAGGUCGUAAGGGAAAAGACGGCCAAAAAAUACCUACUAAAAUAACUUUUUUAGCCAAUGCCUAUUCUUGGA